AGGAGUGCAGGAUCCAGCGGAUCGCUCACGGGAGGAAGGAGGUGGCCGAGGAGCUUCUGGGCUCUUCCAGGAGUCGAAGCGGCAGCUGGUGGAUGAAGAGGAUACCAAUAAGACCACUCCGGACAAGUGAGAAUAACCAGCAACUUUGAAAAUGAAAGCAAAUUGAGCCUUCAGAAAAGCACUCAAUUCUUCUCUUUCCCCAGCUGGUGAGAGACAAAGGGGGGAAAAUCAAGAGAUUUCAAACUGGAAAAAGUAGAGGAUGCAGAACUCAACAAUAGAUUACAUGAAAAGGUCAAAAGAGAUUAUUUUUUCCAUUCAGAAAUAGAGGGAAAUAUCUAGAGGCGAGUGAGGAGGAAAAAGAUAAUUGGAUAUCCACAAAAAGUAGACAGUAAUGCAGGUCUCUAGACAGUAAUGCAGGCCUUGCCCUGGGAGUAAGAAAAUAGUAGCUUGAAUCAAAGCUCCAUACAACAAAAGAUCACACCUAUUUUUGACUACUUCAAGAACAUCAAUUGUGGAAAAGCUCCAUAGAUGUGCCUACUGUGGGAAAAGCACACAUAGCAAAUCAUAGGCUAUGCAUAACAGGAUCCACACUGGAUGAAAGCCAAAGAAAUUAUCUGAAUGUGGGAAAAGAUUUAGAUAGAUUAGCUCCCUUGUGGUUUAUGAAAGGACCCACACAGGAGAAGCUCUAUAGCUGCUCCCAAGGCAGUAAAUGCUUUUGCAAGCAUGGCAACUUGAUGAUACAUCAGAGGACUCACAGGAGGGGGAAACCAUUUGAAUGUGCUAAGAUUGUCGGAAAAUUUUCAGUCAGAAUUCCAACCAGGUGGUACACUAGAGGAUGCACACAGGAAAGAAAUCGUAUCACUGUCCUGAUUGUGGGAAAAAUUUCACUGCAAAUUCCCACCUGGUGAUACACCAAACAACUCACACAGGAGAAAAACCGUUUGAAUGUCCUGAUUGUGGAAAAAGUUUCAUUGCAAAUUCCCAUCUGUUGGAAUACCAGAGGACUUACACAGGAGAAAAACCCUUUGAAUGUUCUGAUUGUGGGAUAGGUUUCUGUCAGAAUUCAAGCCUGGUGAUUCAUCAGAGGACUCGCACAGGUGAGAAACGCUUUGAAUGUUCUGAUUGUGGCAAACGUUUCAGGUGGAAUUCCAAUUUGGUUAAACACCAGAGGACUCACACAGGAGAGAAACCCUUUGAAUGUCCUGAUUGUGGGAAAGGUUUCAGUCAGAAUUAUGAUCUGGUAAACCAUCAGAGGACUCACACAGGAGAAAAACCCUUUGAAUGUCCUAUUUGUGGGAAAAGCUUCAGUUUGAAUUCCAAUUUGGUUAAACACCAGAGGACCCACACAGGGGAGAAACCCUUUGAAUGUCCUGAUUGUGGGAAAAGUUUCAGUUGGUUCUGCAGCUUGGUGGUACACCAGAGGACUCACACAGGGGAGAAACCCUUUGAAUGUCCUGAUUGUGGGAAAAGUUUCAGUCAGAAUUCUGAGCUGGUAAAACACCAGAGGACUCACACAGGAGAGAAACCCUUUGAAUGUCCUGAUUGUGGAAAAUGUUUCAGUCAGAAUUCAGGCUUGGUGAUUCAUCAGAGGACUCACACAGGAGAGAAACCCUUUGAAUGUUCUGAUUGUGGAAAACGUUUCAGUUUGAAUUCCCAUUUGAUUAAACACCAUAGGACUCACACAGGAGAGAAACCCUUUGAAUGUCCUGAUUGUGGAAAAAGUUUCAGUGAGAAUUCUAACCUAGUAAACCAUCAGAGGGCUCACACAGGAGAGAAACCCUUUGAAUGUUCUGAUUGUGGCAAAUGUUUCAGUUGGAAUUCCAAUUUGGUUAAACACCAAAGGACUCACACAGGAGAGAAACCCUUUGAAUGUCCUGAUUGUGGGAAAUGUUUCAGUCAGAAUUCAAGCCUGGUGAUUCAUCAGAGGACUCACACAGGAGAGAAACCCUUUGAAUGUUCUGAUUGUGGAAAACGUUUCAGUUUAAAUUCCCAUUUGGUUAAACAUCAGAGGACUCACACAGGAGAGAAACCCUUUGAAUGUCCUGAAUGUGGGAAAAGUUUCAGUGAAAGGUCCAGCUUGGUGGUACACCAGAGGACUCACACAGGAGAGAAACCCUUUGAAUGUUCUGAUUGUGGGAAAAAAUUCAGUGAAAGGUCCAGCUUGAUGGUACACCAGAGGACUCACACAGGCGAGAAACCCUUUGAAUGUUCUGAUUGUGGGAAAAGUUUCAGUCAGAAUUGCAACCUGGUGAAACAUGAAAGGAGUCACACAGGAGAGAAACCUUUUGAAUGUCCUGAUUGUGGGAAAAGUUUCAGUCAAAGGUCCAGCUUGGUGGUACACCAGAGGACUCACACAGGAGAGAAACCCUUUGAAUGUUCUGAUUGUAGCAAAUGUUUUAGUUUGAAUUCUCAUUUGGUUAAACACCAGAGGACUCACACAGGAGAGAAACCCUUUGAAUGUCCUGAUUGUGGGAAAAGUUUCAGUCAAAGGUCCAGCUUGGUGGUACACCAGAGGACUCACACAGGAGAGAAACCCUUUGAAUGUUCUGAUUGUGGAAAAUGUUUCAGUUUGAAUUCUCAUUUGGUUAAGCACCGGAGAACUCACACGGGAUAGAAACUCUUUGAAUGUCUUCGUUGUGGCAGAGGUUUCAGUGAGAAUUCCAACCUGGCGACACACCAAAGGACUCACACAGGAGAGAAACUCUUUGAAAGUCCUAAUUGUGAGAAACAUUUCAUUGAGAAUUCCAGGCUGGUGAAACACCAUAGGACUGAUAUAAGAGAAACAACAACAACAACAACAACAACAGUUGGAAGGGACCUUGGAGGUCUUCUAGUCCAACCUCCUGCCAAGGCAUGAAACCCUACACCACUUCAGACAAAUGGUUAUCCAACAUCAUCUUAAAAAUUUCCAGGGUUGGAGUAUUCACAACUUCUUCCAGCAAGGUGUUCCACUGAUUAAUUGUUCUAACUGUCAGGAAAUUUCUCCUUAGUUCUAAGUUGUUUCUCUCCUUGAUUAGUUUCCACCCAUUGCUUCUUGUUCUACCCUCAGGUGCUUUGGAGAAUAGUUUGACUCCCUCUUCUUUGUGGCAGCCCCUGAGAUAAUGGAACACUGCUAUCAUGUCUUCCCUAGUCCUCCUUUCCAUUAAACUAGACAUACCCAGUUUCUGCAACCGUUCUUCAUAUGUUUUAGCCUCCAGUCCCCUAAUCAUCUUUGUUGCUCUUCUCUGCACAAUUUCUAGAAUCUCCACAUCUUUUUUACAUUGUGGCGACCAAAACUAAAUGCAAUAUUCCAAGUGUGGCCUUACCAAGGCGUUAUAAAGUGGUAUUAACACUUCACGUGAUCUUGAUUCUAUCCCUCUGUUUAUGCAGGCCAGAACUGUGUUGGCUUUUUUGGCAGCUGCUGCACACUGCUGGCUCAUAUCUAAAUGGUUGUCCACUAGGACUCCAAGAUCCCUUUCACAGUUACUAAUAUUGAGCAAGGUACCACAUAUCUGGUACCUGUGCAUUUUGGGUUUUUUUGCCUAAAUAUAGAACCUUACUUUUUUCAUUGUUGAAUUUCAUUUUGUUAGAUAGCUCCCAAUGUUCAAGUCUUUUAAGAUCCUUCUGUAUCUUGAGCCUACCCUCUGAAGUGUUAGCUAUUCCUGCCAGCUUGGUGUCAUCUACAAAUUUGAUGAGUCCCCCAUCUAUCCCCUCGUCCAAGUCAUUGAUAAAGAUGUUGAAGAGUACUGGGCCUAAAACAGAGCCUUGGGGUACUCCAUUGCAUACUUCCCUCCAUGUAGAUGCAAUUCCAUUGAGAACUAUACGUUGAGUGCGGUUGGUCAGCCAGUUACGAAUCUAUCUGCUGGUGAUGCUGUCUAACCCACAUUUUGCUACUUUAUCUGGUAGUAGGUUAUGAUCUACUUUAUCAAUGCUUUACUGAAGUCCAAGUAAAUUAUAUCGACAGCAUUCCUCUGGCCCACUAAUUUUGUCACUUUGUCAAAGAAUGCAAUAAGAUUAGUCUGGCAUGAUCUGUAUGUCCCGAUUGUGGAAAAUGUUUCAGUCGUAAUUCUGAUUUACUGAUACACCAGAGGACUUAUACAGGAGUGAAGCCAUACGAGUGUCCAGAGUGUGGAAAAAGUUUCACUUACUGUUCUGACCUGAUGAAACACCAGAGGACUCACACAGGAGAGAAACCGUAUGAAUGUCCACA